AUGCCUCGAGCAUACUCGACUUAUUCUCCUUAUAUGCAGAGUAAUACUGGUUGUUUAUCACAAUAUCCCACUCCAGAUACUCAACCAACAACAAGUAACUCUCAAUCAGAACAAACAAAUACCCGUCCAAAUUCGCAAACCACCACUGUUCUAUCUUUACCUACUCAGGAUUCUUUUCUAUCUGACGUUCCUCAAAGUGUUUACUCUGAAUAUUCUACGCUAGAUAUUCCGCCUGCUAUAUCAACAAUACAAGAAUCGGACGAACUAACUUCAUAUUCACCUGAAAGUUUUUUUUUCAGAGAAUCACCUGCACUAGAUUCCUCUCCAGGGGAUGAAAAUACAAAUUCUAAUAACAUUCGUGUUGAUCUAAAUUCACCUCGAAGAAGUCCAAGUAAUCAAAAUCCCGAUCCACAGACUGACUCACUUUCUUUGAAAUCUCAAGACAGUUUCAAUAAUCGUGAGCUAAUAAAUGAAAGUUCAAUAACUUUAGCUUUAGAAGGUUUAAGUGAACCUAUUUUAAGCGAAAUUACUGAUUCGAAUUUAUUGCAACAAUCUCAAUCGGAACAUAUGAGACGAGAAACUACUACUGAAGUUGAAGAAAAUAAUGGGCAAAAUUCAACGAAUUUUGGUAAUUUUAUAUCGGAACAAGAAUUUUCGACAUCAAUGACAGAUGCAGAAAAUGAUGAUAUUUGCGGUGAACUUAGAAAAGUAAUAACGAAAUCAACCAUGAUACUUGAAAGUGUAAAGAGUCAAGAAGUUGAUGAAAUGGAAAAUGUUGAAUAUUUUCAUCAAGAAAUUACGGAGGGUGAUACACAAUCUCAUGAAGUUUCUCAGCCGGAUUUAUUAGAACUUGAGUGCGAUCAUGAGCAAAGUGAACAUUACAACAAUAUGGCAUCUAAGCUUUCUAACAUAGGAUUUGUUAAGGUAGAAACUGGGAGUGAUGAAGAAAUCGAGAAUUGUACCACUUCUACUACUUCAGCUACUCCUAGAAUAAGGCGUAGUAUGCGUAAAAGAUCCAAAGCCAAUUAUAGUUUUCCUCGUUAUUCUUACAGAGGAAAAAAAUCUAAAACACGUAAACGAAGUCGUACACCUCGUAAAGUGUCAUCAUUAUCUGCUAAUGAGAAUGAAGCCAAUGAAAGCUUGGAAGUUGUUAAUGAUAAUAAUGAAAAAAACGAAGAGACCAAUCAACCUGUACAUGAGCUUUCUCCUGUUCAAAUUAGUGAUGAACAGGAAACGAAUGAAGGUGUUCAUAGCGGUCAGAGUGCAGACGAUAGCGAGGAUAGCGGGAAUGUUAAUAAAAAUAUUACUGAUCAUCAUACACAAAAUAUUUUAGACCCUAAAUAUGUACUUCGUAGUAGAAAAAUUUUUAGAGCUCCUUCCAAAAAAACUGCGAGAGCUAAACGGUCAGUAAAAAAAUCUACUUCAAAGGUAAUCCCAAAGACACCUAUAAAGACAACGCUAAAACGUAAAACAUCUCGUCGCAAGUUGAUCGCUCAUAAGACGAAGAAAGAUCCUGAAUGGCAUCCACCGGAUGAAGCUGAUAAUGGGUCAGGGUUAAAAGAUGAUAGUGAAGCGGUAGUGGAUGUCCCGGCUAAAUCUAUUUCAAAAGAUCGUCAUUCCACUUCAAAAACUCGUUCAGCUUUAAAGGAACCUAAUACUUCAAAGAAGGCUAAAACUAAGAAUAUUAAAAUCGUUGAUACAACACGAGAAAUUAGAACUGCAGAAAAUUCAAGUAAAAAGGUGACACCAAGAACCUCUAAAUCUACAAACAAAAGAUCUACUACAAAGAGUACUAGAGGUCGGGGAAGAGGUCGGGGAAGAGGUAAAGGUAAAGGUGGUUCUACUCGCGGUUCUAGGUCGAAGAAUCAUGACACUGAAAUAAAGUAUCCUUCCGGAGAAGAACCAUCUAUCAUUAAUCCAGCGGAGGUUCCAGUAGUUGGAAUUAGCACUGUUGUGAAUAGUAAUUCAGAGAAUCAGGUUGUACGGGAACAAUCCGAUGUUGAAAUGAAUAAUGUUAAUCAAGAUGAACCAGAGCAGGUUGAAGAACCAGGUUCAACACCUAAACUUAUAAAGGGAACCCGAAAAUAUACUAGGAGGUUAGUUGGUGGGUCUAAAUCUACUAAAUCUGCUAGUGAUGGCAAAAAAGGUCGUGGAAAAACAGCUGAUACACGAGCCGAUGAUAAUGCAGCAAGAGAUAAUGAUGUAAAUAGUGAACCAUCAGACGAAGAGGAGACAAUCCCUAAAACGAAACCAAAAAAGGUCACAAGAAGUUCUAAUCGUCAAGGCCAAACUCGUAUCGGUGACAAUACGGCCACGGAACAACCUCCAGUCACAGCUUCCGACCCAGAUAUUGUCGAAAUAUCUUCAAUAAAUCCAACGGCUCUUGCAAAUGUUGUUAAUACCUUAGCAGGACAAAAUUAUGAUAUCUUACGUUCUUCUGAGAAUAUCGUAGAUAUUGCCCCAAAUAAAGGACCCUGUACGCCUGUAUUCGUAAAACCACAUGUCCCUACAACUCGUUCUUCAUCACCUUCUAAUACACCUCCACCAGAGAUACAAGCAAUAUUAUCAAAGCCUCCUACUGCUAUUCCUAGUUCAUUGGAAUGGUCAAUGGAUCAUUGGCAUCAUCUGAAAGUAUUUUAUGAAGAGACCAAGAGUGAAUAUAUUCGUUCAGGUACAGAUGUUAAUAAAAAUAAGGAUGUAUACAGUGAAGUUAUUGAAAAAUUUUUUGAGUCCGACAUUAAAAAUAGAACUUUUGGAGAGGAAGAUUUACGUUUGCGCAUAAUUUCAUUAGAGACUGCAGACCUUGAAAGAAAUAACGAACCUUCGAGCGAUCAACAAAGUAGUGAUAUUGAAAACAGUGUUAUUCUUUAUAAUAAAGCAUAUUCCAAUCUCCGGGCCGGAAACAAACGUAAACGACGUGAAUCAAAUGUAACCGUCGCUGUCCCAGGGAAAGAAAAAAUGGAAGAUGAUGAGAAUGAAGGCAAGGUCCCCAAACGUUCCCGUGUGGAGGAAAUUACUCCUUCGGGGUCUGGUACGACAACACCAGCUUCUGAGUUGACUGCAUCUCAAACGCCCGGUAACAAUAAUAUGUUGUCGAAAUUAUUUGGAAGCUGGUUUAAUAGUGGUCAGAGACGAUCAAACACGGCUUCUUUGAAUGAAGAAGCACCGGAAGAAUCGGCUAAUCAUGUUGAUGAAAACGAAGAUAGAAUGGAAGAUGAACAAUCAACCCACACUCCUCGUAGAAGCUGGCUGUGGUAA